CUGGGACCCCGCUUAGGGCUCCCGCCAAGCUUCCCCCUCCAACACGUGACUAGCCCGAUGGCGAUUAGUCACGGGGCAUCCCGAUGGGGCCAGUGGCUGCUCACUAACCAACUCCGUGCGUCUUCGCCCACUCGUCUUUGCGCCCAGCUGCCUGGUGGAGGACAUUCUUUCUACGAGAUGUUGGGCGGCUCCCUCAUAUAAUCUACCUUCUGAACCCUGUUUCCUAUGGGAUAGUCAAUCACUGCUUACUAUCAAUGUGAAGAAUACAGUUUACCAAUCCGUGCCGCGCCGCAUUCCUUCUCCCACUUGUCGCUGCCGUUCAUAUGUGAUAGCUUCCAGCAUAACGACAGACAAACAAUCCAUCUCCGAGAUAAAUCCGAAUUGAACCCCAUACCAAGCCCCUCUUUUUUUCGAGUGCCUCGCACACAGCACAAGCACCGCAAUGACAUCUCCCUACCAGCCGUCCGUGUCGUACUCGCCGUCUGUCGCCGGCCCCGACUUGACGGCGUCAUCCUCGAGACCCGUCUCCGACUUGCCGCAAUCCCAAGUCGACGCCAUCAUCCGCACCAAGCGGAAGGCCCGCGAACCAAAAGCCUGCUAUCCAUGCCACGCUCGGAAAGUGAAGUGCGAUCGUAACCUACCCUGCGACGGGUGUGUCAAGCGCGACCACGCCGAUCUCUGUUCCUACGAGCGUCCCUCGAAAAAGCGCGUCAUGACCAAUUCCCUUCCGCAAACAUACCACGACAGUCCUGUGGCACCGAGCCAGUCCACUGGUGCGGAAGCCCUGGGUUUUACGGCCGAGACUCCUGUACGUCUGAAACAAGAAGCCGGGAUCAGUCGGCCGAGUCUACCAGGACCGAGUAUACCGGCAGUUGGAGGUCGGGUUUCAAUUGCGCGGGAGGAGUGGGACAAUGUCCGUACCAGGCUGAAGGAGAUGGAGCAAACGAUCAAUAACCUGCGUGUUGGUCUUGAGAGAGCGGAAGACGGUCCGGGUUCUAUGGAGACAGGCAGCGUGCAAAGCGGGGACGCAAGCAACCGAUCCAAGGGUGCUUCCCCGGAGCGGGAGGGCAUCCAUGCGCCAAAUACCUUCGGCGAAGGCACGGUCCAUCUCGGGUCGAGGUCGGUUCUGGCCUAUAUUCUGAACAACAAGUCCGGGUCCGAUCAGCUGCAGGCGCUCCUGGAGGACGGAAUCCUGCCGAAACUGGGCCUGGAUAAUGAGUCUGCCACAUAUCCGUUCGUCGACUUGUGGUCUUCCGACAUGUCUUCUUUUGAUAUCAGCGCGGUCUGCAGUGCGCUUCCAAGUGACCAGCAGUGCAAAGAGUUCUUCUACUACUAUCGUGAUAUAGCAGGCGCCAUCUAUCCUGUGCUUGAAGACGUGGCACAAUUCGAUGUAACCCUCGACCUGAUGCUACGAAAUAGGGCAUCUAUGGGUGGGGUGUACAGGGCCGAUGCCGAUCAAGCCCAGAGGCCCUUUGGUGUCACCAUUGCCUACAUGGGAUUGCUAUUCGCCGUGCUGGCUUCGGGCUGCCAAUCAUCGGACUUGCCAGGAAAGGAAAGGGAACUGACCUCUCAAGUCUACGUAUGCUGCUCCUACCAAUGUCUUCGAAUGACAAACUUUCUGUCCCAGCCUACAAUAGAUGCCAUGCAGACGCUGCUGGUGAUUGGCAAUGUCCUGUCAUACAACAUGAACCCCGGGAUAUCCUACGUUCUUCUUGGCAUGACCCUUCGAAUGGGUCUGGCGCUUGGUCUGCAUGUUGAAUCUAGUCGCUUCUCCGCAGCGGAACGGUAUCGCAGACGUCAUGUCUGGUGGUCUAUGGCAUGGCAGGAUAGCCACUUUUCUCUUUCCUAUGAUAGACCUUCAACAACGGCUGUCUGCCAACCAGACAUUGCAUACCGCGACAACCCCAAACCCGGCGAAAUCUCCUAUUUCGAGACUCUCUGUCGGAUCAUCGCACUCGCGCUGGAAGUGGUCCGUAGCCGGAUGUUGAGUCCUCACUCGCAGCUGAGUUACAAGACCAUCCAAAGCUACAAAGAGAGGAUUCAACAGAUCAUGAUAGAGGCCCUGCCUCACCUACGAGAUCGGAAAUACUGUCUCUCAGCGACUGAGCAUCUGGAACGCGUCGUCCUGAAACUGCACUCAUCCUACUUCUCCUCCGAGCUCUACCGACCGGCGCUCAAAGCGACCGCCGACUCCAACGACCCAGCGAUAUCCAGCAUGCGCGCCGACUGCGUCGCCAAUCUGAUGACCACUGUGGAAGCCUACGUCGAGAUGCACACUGUCAGCUCCCACGCAUCACGCUCAUGGAUCGCUUUGCAACGAGCAAUUAGCUCUAUCUUUCUGCUAGCUGUAACAGAGGAGUCCAAGGGAAUCCCCCGAUUCUGGACCCUGCUGCAGCAACUCAAAAUCAUCAUAGCCGAACGUGCCAACGCCGAAGGCGAUUUUGCGGGCACCGAGGUCCCAGUUCCUCCGACCGACGGCACUGCACCACCUCUUAAUGUCGUUGCCAGAGCCCCCAGCACAGCGGCACCGAGUCCCGCCGGUCUCAACUCUGCGUCCCCCGCGUCCGCUGCGGUGGUCGUCGACACACAAACCCAAUGGGCCAAGCCGUUGACCAAGACCCUCCGUGCCCUCGAGAAGCUCGAAGCCGCAUUUGGCGCCCAGGCCGCCCGUGCUGCCGGCCAGGCCGGAUCGCCGGCCUAUCUGAACCCUGGCUCCAACAGCCUGGGCGUUGUCCCUGCUAGCAUGACGCCGAGUCUUGGGUCCCUUCCGCCCCCGACACCCGAGAGCUCGACCAGCGGCGAAUGGACGAUCCCGAACAUCCUCGACCGCGCGGCUGAAUAUAUCCACCCGCCGCUCUGGAGCUGAACGCGGUGCGGAGUCUUUUUGGGAAUUAAUUAUGGCGCUUGGGUACUUGCAUUGGUGGCUGGGUUGACUGGGUGGGAUAACACGGCCGGCGCAGGUGAACCUGGG